AUGACCGGGAAAGGUAAAAUUUCCGAGCACGGUGUAUGGCAACAGCACGGCGUCCUUCGUUUUCAGGCGAUUGUGGUGACCGAUGGUGAACGAAUUCUUGGACUUGGCGACCUAGGCACUUAUGGAAUCGGAAUACCUGUUGGCAAGCUAGCACUAUAUGUAGCAUUGGCAGGAGUGCAACCGGAGUGGUGCCUACCUGUUAUCAUUGAUGUCGGUACUGACAAUCAGGGUUUACUGAACGAUCCCUUCUAUACCGGGCUAAGGCGAAAACGAGUUCGUGGAGAGGAAUACGACCGACUCAUGGAUAACUUUAUGAAAGCCUGCACUAAGCGGUUCGGUCGCGACACUCUUAUCCAGUUUGAAGACUUUGCUAACCAGAACGCUUUCCGCUUGCUUGACAGAUAUAAGAACGAGUACUGCGUAUUCAAUGAUGAUAUCCAAGGAACUGCCGCCGUCGUGGUCGCCGGUUUAAUGGCUGCUACGAGAGUCACGAAUCGUGAGCUUCAUAAGCACAAGUUCGUGUUCUACGGAGCUGGAGCAGAUAUGCCUGACACGAAAAGCUUGUUAGAAGUAAUAAAAACCGUGAAACCGGAUGGUAUAAUCGGUGAGCGCAUCCACCGUGGGCGGUCGUUCUCAGAAGAGAUCAUCACCGAAAUGGCACGCAUCAACCAACGACCAUUAUUUUUGCGCUCUCGAAUCCCCACAAGUAAAGCUGAAUGUACAGCCGAGGACGCCUAUCGAAUAACAAACGGCUCUGUACUGUUUGCUUCUGGGUCACCAUUCGAGAACGUGGAGAUGGACGGAAGGAUCUUCAAACCGGGUCAAGGCAACAAUGCGUACAUUUUCCCAGGGAUGCGGCGAAUUUCGGUGACAGAAAAUCGGUUGAGACACGUAUGCUCGUUGUGUACCUCGCAUUUUGAAAAGAGUAUCGUAGGGAAUUAUCUUUUCAAACACAAUCUAGCCACUCUUCAUCCCGCGCCGGAAGACAAGGAGAUGUUCAUUCGACAACAAAUCUAUUCGGUCGAAUACGAUGAGCUCAUCAACAAAACAUAUUCCUGGCCUACCAAGGACAUGAAACACGGCUUCCCAGUGCCGGUCAUGGAACGAAGUUCUAUGGAUGAAGAAUAA